AUGAAUAUACGUUGUAAAUUUCUUCUUUUUUCAACUUCAACAGUUCGUCGUAUUAUUUCUGUUCGCUGGACUCACCCUUCAGAUGGACCUGAACCAGCUUAUCAUCAUGUUGCAUCUGGUUAUCAAAUCUAUAAACAUCAGCAUGAACCGUUUAAAUUUAAAUAUAAUAAUAAAUCAUUAAAUCAAUUUCAACUUGCUUAUGAAACAUGGGGCAAGUUAAAUGCAAAAAAAAAUAAUGCUAUUCUGAUUUUUACGGGUCUGAGUGCUAGUUCACAUGCAAAAAGUCAUGAACAAAAUCUAAACCCUGGUUGGUGGGAAAAAUUCAUUGGACCGAACUUAGGUAUUGAUACGAAUCACUUUUUUGUUAUUUGUUGUAAUCAUCUUGGGGGUUGUUACGGUUCAACUGGGCCUUCAUCAAUAAAUCCUGAAACAAAGAAGCCAUAUGGUGCGUCUUUUCCUAUGCUAUCUGUUGAAGAUUUUGUUCGUGCACAAUUCCAAUUACUAAAACAUCUAGGAAUUGAAAAGCUUCAUGCAAGUAUUGGUUCAUCAUUAGGUGGCAUGUGUUCAAUUCUAUCGGGUCUUUUAUACCCGGAGAAUAUUGGCAGAGUAGCAACUAUUUCUUCUUGUAUAGCACCGUAUCCAACUGCUAUUGCUCUACGAUAUCUUCAACGAAAAAUGAUAAUGACUGAUCCUAGUUGGGAUCACGGUCAUUACUAUGAUACAGGUGCAUAUCCACUUGAGGGUAUGCGUAUUGCAAGAGAAAUUGCGACACUUACAUAUCGAUCCGGACCUGAAUGGCUUGAGAGAUUUGGUUUACGUCGUUUUAAUGAUAAUGUUCAAUUGACGCCAACAUUUGAAAUUGAAAGUUAUUUACAAUAUCAAGGUUUAACAUUUGCAAAAAAAUAUGAUCCAAAUUCAUUAUUAUAUAUAUCUAAAGCAAUGGAUCUAUUCAAUUUAACUGAAGGCCAUGAUAAUCAACGUGAAGCAUUAGCAAAAAUUCAAUGUCCUGUCCUUGUCUUAGGUUCACAAACUGAUAUUCUUUUUCCAAUUUGGCAACAGAAACAAUUAGCUGAAGGACUUAUAGAGUCAGGAAAUCCAAGUGUAACAUUCUUCGAAUUGAAUAGUAUUUUUGGACAUGAUACAUUUUUACUCGAUAUCAAUGGUGUUAGCACUGCUCUUAAAGGUUUUCUGGAGAUAUCAGCCUUGUCAAUUGAAGAAGAAAGUCGCACGUAG